CAACGGAGGUACGUUAUCGAGGUGUAGUCAGUUCUACACAAAAGUUGCCGUGAGUGAGCAUAAGUUUAUUGUGAAAUUUCACUAUAAAAUUAUAUUCAUCGUAUUCGUCAGUAACGUGUGCUUUCUUCACAAUCAAAAUGAAAGGACUUGCAAAACAUAUUCUUCUAGCAUUUAUUGCUGCUAUGUUUCUGUACCAGAAACCCAUAGCACAAGCAGAAACAGAGUACAGAAAAAGGGACAAAAAAGCAACUUUUAUGGACAGUGAAUCUCAAGACUUUGGACCACCCGUGAUCGAGUCAGUGAAAACGACGUACAGGGAAAAUAGCAACCAGGGCAAGAUCCAGGUCACCGUAUGUGCCAAUCCACCACCACAGACUGCUGAGUGGAGAAUGCGGAAUUUAAGGCUUAAUGUGCCAGGGAGACUUGAGUUUUAUGCGGCAGAGGUUUCUAGAAUGGCUAAACUCCACUGCUACAUGUACAUUUUAAAAAUUGAUAAUGUCGGAGUCCAGGACCAAAUUACAUACAUUCUUAAAAUAACAAAUGACCGCGGCUCCAAAUUUGAGUCUAUAUCAUUCAAUAACACCAACAAUCCGCUUCGGGUAACUCCGCAAGUAUUAUUGAUCAUAACGGCUACAUUAUUUGUCUCAGCGUGCGUACUUACUAUUUGCCUUACACUGAAAGGUCUUGCAAGUGAAGCAGACAGUGAAGAAAAUGUGGAGAUGGCAGGCCUCGACCGGCUGCCCAGCCUGCCUGUCUCGGGUCCAGAGUACCUGCAGGAGCGCCGCGUUCUGGAAACACACAUGUAAGCGGUGUACCCACCAGCGGAUACAGGCGGUGGGGGUGUGCUAGGGGGCUCAUCAUUUCAUCGGUUUACAGUAGCUUCCUUCUGUUAGGCUUAUUUUUUAAGGUUCAAUAUACCAAAAUGUUCAGUUCGAAAAAAAAUACCAAAUUAAGAUUAAAGUUUUACAUGAACAACAAAUACCUACUUGUACUAGUCAUGAUGGUGCAUCAAUUUAAGACGGAAUUCAAGUUGCGUUUUAAUUUAAAUUUAAGUUUUUAAAUCUAAGUCAGACGACGCUAUUACAUACAAUGUUUUAGCACGACUCAUAGCAUCAUACAUUUGGCACUCGAUCUGUAUCUCGUAUGAUUACACUAAAAAUUUAAAAGUAAAAAAAAAUUUAACCGACUUUAAAAACAUGAAACAUACUGACUAAACUAAAAAGCGAAAAAUAUUGUCAUCAUAAUAGUUCAUAAUAUGUACCUACUAACUGAUGAUCAGUUUGAAGGCGCCAGCCCGAUAAUGUAUUUAUGCUGUUAUGAACAUGCCCAGCCCUUUGUUUACAUAUUGGCUUUCUGUGCAUCAAGACAAUAUUAAACAAUAGUUUACACUCCGGACUAGAAUGACGCCUGGGAAGAGUCUUUUAACCUUCCCAGUUAGUAUGUAAGUUUUAUACUUAUUUGAAUUAUUAAUUAUUAUUAUUUUGUAUUACUAUGUAAUAUCUAUACCUUUAAUAAAAAAUAUUAUUAUUAUCAUCAUUGCAAACUCAACUCAUUGCUUUUAUCGCCUCCUCAAAAUUACCUAGCGACCCGACCACGCUCAAGGUUGUCAAACCUCCCUCAGAACUUAAUCAAUUUUUAAAUUUAUUCUAUUUUCGAAUGUUUCAAUAAUUUUCUUGCAUUUUGUUUUAAAUCAAAUUAAAUAUGAACUCUUUUCAAAAUCCUACUAUGAACUCUUUCCAACGCCCUAAAUAACAAUAUUUGUUUCUAUAAAACCAACUCUGUUCUAACUAAGUACUUCCUCUAACAUAGUAAAUAAAACAAUAUUUUUCAUAAAAUAUAAAUUAUAUUUUUCAUAUCUUUCCACAUUUAUUUUUUGUAUAUAAUAAUAUAUGAAGGUAUAUUAAAUAUUGUGAGAAGUUGUUAGAGAGUAAAGUAUUUUGUUUUUGUGCUUGAAUUAAAGCUUUCAAUGAUGAUGAUUCAAACUCUGCGCUCGCAUCAAAAUUUAACUUUGUUCUCUUGUUUAACAAAUAACUUCUAUUACUCGUAGUAUAUAAGUAAAUUAAUGUAUUUUAAAUUA